CUGGAGCGGCCCCGGCGCUGCCGCCGCCCGGAGCGGGGAGUGCCGGGCAGGGCCGGGCAGGUGGAGCGGCCCCCAUGGAGCGGGGGAAGAUGGCGGAGCUGGAGAGCCUGGAGACGGCGGCGGAGCACGAGCGGAUCCUGCGGGAGAUCGAGAGCACGGACACGGCCUGCAUCGGCCCCACGCUCAGGUCUGUCUACGAUGGAGAGGAACACGGUCGGUUCAUGGAGAAACUGGAAGCUCGGAUCCGGAACCACGACCGGGAGAUCGAGAAAAUGUGCAACUUCCACUACCAGGGAUUCGUGGAUUCCAUCACGGAGCUGCUCAAGGUCAGAGGAGAAGCUCAAAAACUGAAGAACCAAGUGACGGACACCAACCGGAAGCUGCAGAACGAGGGGAAAGAACUGAUAAUUGCCAUGGAAGAGCUGAAGCAGUGCCGGUUGCAGCAGAGGAACAUUUCGGCGACGGUCGAUAAACUCACGCUGUGUCUUCCCGUGCUGGAGAUGUACAGCAAACUGCGGGAGCAGAUGAAAUCCAAGAGGCACUACCCUGCCCUGAAGACCCUGGAGCACCUGGAGCACACGUACCUGCCCCAGGUGAGCCACUACCGCUUCUGCAAGAUCAUGGUGGAUAACAUCCCAAAGCUGCGGGAGGAGAUCAAGGAGGUGUCCAUGUCAGACCUCAAGGAUUUCCUGGAGAGCAUCCGGAAGCAUUCGGACAAGAUUGGAGAGACGGCCAUGAAACAGGAUUGCAGAUACAAUCAGUGGAAAAUAAUUGCCAAGAUAUUCUUCAGCCUUCUGCUCUCUCCAAACAUUCAGGCACAGCAACAAAGAAACCUGGACAACAUCGUGUCCCAGCAUCCCAGGGUAAGCGGGGGGAAGAAAUCCAAGAAGGAAUUCUGCGCCAGCUCCGACCUGGAGGUGAAGAACACCAGCCCCAUGUCCGAGCAAGAUUCGGGAAUCCUGGAUGUUGAGGAUGAGGAUGAGGAUGAAGAGGUGCCUGGAGCCCAGGAUUUGGUGGAUUUCUCCCCAGUUUAUCGCUGCCUGCACAUCUAUUCUGUCCUGGGCGCCCGAGAAACCUUCGAGAGCUACUACAGGAAGCAGAGGAGAAAACAAGCCCGGCUGGUCCUGCAGCCUCCUUCCAACAUGCACGAAACCUUGGACGGCUACAGGAAGUAUUUUAAUCAAAUUGUAGGGUUCUUCGUGGUGGAGGAUCACAUCCUGCACACCACGCAGGGCUUGGUCAACCGGGCCUACCUGGAUGAGCUGUGGGAAAUGGCCUUGUCCAAAACCAUCGCCGCGCUCCGGACACACUCGUCCUACUGCUCCGACCCGAGCCUGGUGUUAGACUUGAAGAACCUCAUCGUCCUCUUUGCUGACACACUCCAGGGCUAUGGCUUCCCAGUGAACCAGCUCUUUGACAUGCUGUUGGAGAUCCAGGACCAGUACAGUGAAACCCUCCUGAAGAAAUGGUCAGGAGUUUUCAGAAAUAUACUUGACUCAGACAACUACAGCCCCAUCCCGGUGUCAAAUGAAGAACUUUAUAAGAAAAUAGUUGGACAGUUCCCAUUCCAGGACGCUGAACUUGAAAAGCAACCCUUUCCAAAGAAGUUCCCCUUCUCCGAGUUUGUGCCUAAAGUUUACAAUCAGAUCAAGGAAUUCAUCUACGCCUGCCUGAAGUUCUCGGAGGACCUUCACCUGAGCUGUUUGGAUAAACCCUGGCCGGGCUGGAAGUGGCUGGUGGCCUCCUUGGAGCGGUGGCAUCUUCCAAGGCUCGUGCAGAUUAUUAUAAACACGACCCAUCUGGAGAAAUCCUGCAAGUUCCUCGAGGAAUUCAUCACCAACAUCACCAACGUGCUUCCGGAAACCGUGCACACGACGAAGCUCUACGGGACCACCACCUUCAAGGACGCCCGGCACGCGGCCGAGGAGGAGAUCUACACCAACCUCAACCAGAAGAUCGACCAGUUCCUGCAGCUGGCAGACUACGACUGGAUGGCCCUGGAGCCGGGCAGCCGGGCCAGCGACUACCUGGUGGAUCUCAUCGGCUUCCUGCGCAGCACCUUCGCCGUGUUCACCCACCUCCCGGGGGAGGUAGAUGCCCACUCUACCAUGUCGGUGAGUACAAGGCUUGUGUGUCGUGCGCGUCUGGUCUGCUCUGCUCUCACCUCCGGUGUUGGGGGGGGGAAUGUUGCACUGGGGAAGGAGAUAAAUGUGGCCCUUGGGAAUAUUCUCUUCGCCUCGGAAGCCAAUGUUAUUGUGUUGUCAGAUGUCUUCAUCCACCAGGAAUCAACGUGCCACCCAACGGUUCUUCCCGAGAGCGCGCCGCCACCAGAUCAUGCAAAUGAUCCGCUGCCCAAGUUUGCCAGAUCCGGCCCAGUGCCUGGGUUCCAAGGGGACACGCUGCAGUUGGCCUUCAUCGACUUGAGACAACUCUUGGAUCUGUUCAUCCAGUGGGAUUGGUCGACGUAUUUGGCUGACUACGGGCAGCCCACGUGCAAGUACCUCCGUGUGAACCCCACGACUGCCCUGGUCCUGCUGGAAAAGAUGAGAGACACGAGCAGGAAAAACAACGUUUUUGCCCAGUUUCGGAAAAACGAGCGGGACAAGCAGAAGCUCAUCGACACCGUGGCCAAGCAGCUCCGCGGCCUCAUCAACAGCCACCACUCCUGAGGGAGCUGGGCACCUCCUUCCCAAACCCCCCCCCCGGACUUGGGAUCCUUGUUGAAAGAGAAUAUAUGUAUUUUUUUAUUCACCUGUAAUAUUCCUGGAACCUUCCCCCUCCUCCACCCCUCUUCCCCCUUUCCCAAAACGCUCCCGGUGAAACAAUCCCUGGGAAAAGAGGCUCGGAGGGGGCGUCGGGAGGCUCCUGGGAUAAACUCCUAUUUUCAGGGGUUUGGAAAGCCACUGGGAAAUCCUAAAGCCUGAGAGGGAAGCUCACACCCGGGCUGUUUUCUUGUUGGAUCGACCAGAUUGAAGGGAUCAUCCUGCCUUCCUUUUGUUAUCCACAAAAAACGGAGGGAGGAGCCGCGGUUUGGGUUCUUCUCGUGGGCUCCGAUCAAAAGGAAGAGGGUCAUCUGUUAGUGUGUCUUGCCAGCUUGUGGUUUGGAUUUAGGCAGGAGAAAAGGCGAAGUGAUUUCCCAGUUUUUCUCCUCGUUUUCCCCUCUAAGAGCUGAUUUCCACCUUAGGAGAGGGAGAUCCCUGGGGAUCCCUGGAGCUGCGACUUUUUCCCGUGUGUCCGUGUCCCUGAGCUCUGCCACCGGGACCUGCUGGGGCCUGUGGGCCUGUCACUGGGUGGAGAAGGGCUUUAGAGCUGCCUCAUUAAUUAGAUUUGGAAAGGGAGAGCCAAAGGAUAACCCGGCAGGGUGUCCCAUGGAGCUGGAUUGGUGCUGGAAUGCUGCUGGAAUUCGGGCAGCAGGAAUGGAGGUGUGGCAGAAAACUGAGCUCUCCUGAUGUCCAGGGCACUGCAUUCAGGGGUUUUCCCUCUCUUUUCCAUGCUGGUGUCCCAUCUUCCCUCUCCUCUUGAUGCUUCCAUGGGGUAAAGCUCCUCUGCUUCCCUUGGUUUGCUCCUUGGAGCAGCCCUGGAUGGGACAUGGAGUGGGAAACCUGUGGAAUCCCCAGCAUGGAGUCAGCAAUGCUCAGCACCCCCCCGGCUCCAAAGUGCCUGUGGACAAAAUUCCCCUCAGCUCUGAAGGUUCCCAAAGAUGCUCUGCUGGAAUCAGGCAGCUUUUGAGGAGCAGGGCAACAUUCCCACCAGGAUUUUAGCUCCGGGGUUGAGGUUACUGAGGGGGAUUUUCACCCUUAUCACCUCGUUACCCUUUUGACUCCCGACUCCUGCGGGUGAAAACUUAUCCAGCCACAUUCCCCACCUCCCAGACCCUCAUGGUAAAGGGAAUUAAAAUCUUCCUGGUGGAUGUUACAGCCCAUUUCCCACCCUCUGGAUGCAUGAAGGGGAUGAGGCUUUAUCCCCUCUCCUUGUUCCUCAGCGAGACUUUUGGGGGGUUUGUUUUGGUUUUGGGAAGGAUUCGUGUUGCUUAACCCUGGAAUUGAACGGGAAUAUGGUCAGGAAUGACCUCCUGGGGCUGUUGUCCUGCCCCAGCCGCCUCCAUCCAUGAGGACCAAGGGAUUAUUUUCAUUAAUAAGAGGGAAAGCCCAUCCUGGCAUUGUGGUUCCUUGGUUUUGGAGGGGGGUCAGAGGUGAAUUCCUUUUUAAUGCCUCUUGGAAGGACGUGGAAGGAGGGUGAAGGAAAAAGGAGCAGGUGAAGGAAAGUUGGUGUCACGUGGCCAGAAAUGGAUCAUCUUUGUAGACAAACCCCCAGAUGACCCAGCAGAGGCUUCCAGGGGGACCGGAGGAACUCAGUCAGGCUGUGGGAUAAAGGGAGAAGGACCGGGAUCCUCAAAUAUACGGAAGGGAUUUUGGUGGACGAAGCAUCUGCUGCCACCCUGAAAUUCCAUUUUUGCCUCCUGUAUUCCCUGUUCCUACAAGAAAACCUCAACACAGCUGGGCCUUGAGGCAACACCUUUUUUCCAAUCCCCAUCCCACAUCCAGGCUGUCCUUCCCAUCUCCACCUGGAGCUUCAAUUCCCAGAGGGGCGACGCGGCCGUGCCGUGCCCGGGGUGGGCUCCUUCACUCUUUUAAGCUCUUCUUGGAGAAGUUGGGAUUGGGAUCCCACAAACCAGCUCUUGGCAGUCCAGACUUGUCACUGGGAAAGUCACAUUCGGCCAAGGGAGGGAUUCUGGGUGUUCCUGAUUUCGGGAGGUCAAGAGCCUGAACCGCGAGUCGCAGCCCCGGGAUGAAAAAUGACAUUUUUGGUGCUCUGGUCCUAAUUAACUUUUUGUUCCAAGAGAUGCGGCUCCAUCCCCUUCCAAAUAAAAUUAAUCUUCGGAACAGAUUGCCUAAAGAGCCCUGGAAGACAUCCCAAAUCCCCUCUAAGUUCCCUGCUAAUGACAGGGAUCCUCCUCUGGGGAUGGAGCUGCUCAGGAGGGAAAGGGAAUUUAUAAGGAGGGUGGGAAGAGGGAGCAGAACCCUCAAGUGAAGAUUUGCAGCCCCCCCCAAAUAAAUAAUGCUGCUAUAACCCCUCCCUCCCCAGGCACUUAAAGGGUUUGAGUUUUUAAGUAGUGGCUGUAGAAAAAAAAUCGGGUUGUUCCCCCAGUUUUUCCAGCAAAUAUUCGCAAAAAUAUUCCAGGAAAAAACCAACCAACCAAACAAACAGCACCAGUGGGGAAAAAAAAUACAUUAACAAAAAAAACCCCACCCAAUUUUGGCUUCCUGGGAAGCAUCUGCACUUCUUAUCCUCUUUAUCAUCUUGUCAGGCAGCCCAAGGGUUGGGAAUAAUUCUGUGUACGGUGGGAAUUUGCAGCCCAAAGUGUAUCCGUAGGUGAGGGGAGUGUUCUCCUUGAGCCAUCAGCGAGUGUGAGAGAGAGGAGGAGGCUUUUCCUGGGAUUUUGUUUUUUUUUUUUUGGUUUAUUCCAAGGGCUGGAGUUCAGGUCAGACGCCCUCAGCGAUUUUUGCACUUUGUUUUGGAUCCAACCUCAGCUCCCGGCUCGGAUGGGGCCGGGGAAGUUUGGCUGGUGCUUCGUUCCAGGGGCUGCUUUGGCCUCGUUUCCUUCAAAAUCAGCUGCUUUUGUGCUGCUGGGAAGGUGGAAUUGUGGGGCAGGAGGUGUGUGUGUGGGGGGGAGUCUGUGCUGGCCCCAAACUGGGAGAUGCUGGGAGGCAACGUGGGAUGAGGAGGCUGAGAUGGAGCCAGGGCUGCUCCGGUGGCCUCUUGUGCUGGAGCUGCUUCUGGGGGAAAACCACCCCUUCCGAGCAGUGUCCAAACCCCAGGGAGAAACAUCUCCACCCUUUGGAUGUUUCCUACCCCUGGCUGGCUUUUCCCUUUAGUUCUGGGUUGAGUUUGGUGCUUUUUUGGGGACCGUGGAGCGGUUUGGAGCAUGGGAACACCCUCCCACGCCCCCGUUGGGUGUGUGUCCCACCCCUGGGUGCCACGGGGCUGGUGGGAUCUCUGUGUCCCAUUCCCUACAGCUCCCCACUCCGUGCUUGUCCCACUGCUGGGGAGCUCGGAGGGAGCACAACUCCCAAAUAAAUCUCAUCCCAAAUGCCUUCAAGAUGCUCCCAGCCCAGCUGUCCACUGGGAAAGUUGUGAGUUUUGUGGGAACCGACCCAAAUUCCCUGGGAUCUGGGUGGGAUUCACCCCAGAAGUGCCGGAUGGAGAGGGGCAAGCUCAGCCUGGGACUUGGGGACCGGGUGAUUUGCUUCAUCCCAGAUUUGCUGCUCCGGUCUCCAACCCCUGGAUUGAGGAAUCUUUACAUCCAUCCCCCCCUGCAGCUCCCCCAGUUUUCGGGGGGGGACCCAGCACCCCAAAAAUUCCACGGGCAGCUCAGGCUUCUGGAAUGCUGUGUGUGCCAAGCUCUUUCUGCCUUGGCUCAUCCCUCUGAUCCAGUUUUGACAGGAAAACACUCCAUCCCGAUCCCUGCCCCCAUCCCGAUCCCUGCCCCCAUCCCAAUCCCUCCCUGUCCACCGGCUGCUUGGGUUGCCUUUUCUCACAUUUUUAUUUUUGGGGGGGGGGAAAGGCCGUGAUUUUGUAAACUGACGUGGUGAAAAAACAGCUUUUUUUGCACAAGUCGUUGCACAAUAAGGGGAAAGUUUAGUAAAUUAGGUUUAACUUUAAAGAGAACACAUUUUUGGUUUUGUUCUUGGUUUGUUUUUUUUUUCCUUAAAACUCACUAGCAGAGCUACUGAUUAAAAAAAAAAAAGAGAAGGCAAAGAGCUGGACUGAUUAAGGAAUGGACUGCAUGGUUUCCAGGUGGAAUUGCUUUAGAAUUUAGCAUGUUGAAUUCCAACUGUACAUUUAUCCUGUUGUAACUUCUAUUAAACAAUACAGCAAUUAACUGUUUAA